UUUACUUUUCCAAUUGAAGAAUUUGUGAGUAUUGACUUGUUGGACGAGUUAAUCAGUGCUAGUCUAUUUGAUUUUUAGUCAUCCAGAUCUUUCUUGUACAUAAAAAUCCUUUAACAAAAAAAAAUACGUUAGUUCAAAAUCCCACAACGACGAUAAAGUUUCACAUCACCCUAAAACCCCAACUAAACCCAGAAAAUCCCAAAUCAAUAACCACAAAAUAUGUCGUCAUUUUUUUCUUCUAUGACCUCUUCCUCGUCGGAGAACACCCUAUCCACCGCAAGAACCAUCGUAUCAACUGCCGCCACCUAUGCCGCCGCUGCAGCCGCCUCCGCGAUGAUAAUCCGUUCAUUCACCAACGAGUUUUUCCCAAUGGAGCUCCGUCACUACAUAUACACCAGAAUCAAAACCGCUUUCUACCGUCUCUCCCCCGACCUAACAAUGGUAAUCGAAGAAUUCGAAGGCCUCGACAACAACCAAAUCUACUCCGCCGCCGAAAUCUAUCUCGGCACCAUAGCUUCACCGUCAACAAAAAAACUCCGCGUAAGCAAAUCCGAUCACCAACAAACCUUCACUCUCACAAUGGAACGUGACCAAUCCGUAACCGAUUACUUCAAAGGCGUUAAACUCAACUGGACUCUCUUCUGCCGCCACGUCGAGAAUCUCCACAACAAACGCGAUAUAACCGCCACUUUGAAAUCGGAAGUCCGUUCGUUGGAACUAACAUUCCACAGAAAGCACCAAAAUCUGGUUCUCACUCAAUACAUUCCGUUUAUUCUUGAAGAAGCAAGAUCAAAGAAACAAGAAGCGAAAGCGCUGAGAAUCUUCACCGUUGAUCACCAGAAUCUGUACGGGAAUUUGAACGACGCUUGGGUGGGGACCACGUUAGAUCAUCCAUCGACUUUUGACACGCUGGCACUUGACCGUGAUUUACGGGAGUUUGUUACGGGGGAUUUGGAAAAGUUUGUUAGGAGAAAGGAAUAUUACAGAAAAGUUGGAAAAGCUUGGAAGAGAGGCUACUUGCUGUAUGGUCCACCUGGAACUGGGAAAAGUAGUUUGAUUGCUGCUAUGGCGAAUUACUUGCAUUUUGAUAUUUACGAUUUGGAACUUACUGAAUUGAAUAGUAACGACGAGCUUAGGAGGUUGUUGAUUGCUAUGCCGAAUAAGUCUAUUGUUGUUGUUGAGGAUAUUGAUUGUACAGUUGAGUUUCAGGAUCGUAAUUCAGCACCCUCACCUGCCUCUUGCAGAGUUACUGGGAGAAGUAGGGAUCUACAGGUUACACUAUCCGGGCUGCUGAAUUUUAUUGAUGGGCUAUGGUCAAGUUGUGGAGAUGAGAGGAUUAUAGUGUUCACAACAAACCAUAAGGAGAAGCUUGAUUUGGCAUUGUUGCGCCCGGGUCGAAUGGAUGUUCAUAUACACAUGUCUUAUUGUAGUCCCUAUGGUUUUAGACAGUUGGCUUUCAAUUACCUUGGUAUUAAAGAGCACCCUCUGUUCUAUGAGAUUGAAGAGAAAAUUGAGAAAACGCUUGUGACUCCAGCUGAAAUAGCAGAGCAGCUUCUCAAGGGCGUCGAGAUUGGAACUGUUCUUGAAGAUCUGUUGGUUUUUCUUGCUAAGAAGAAAGAAAUUCAGGAACUUGAGGCUAAAAAGAGAGAACGAGAUGAGCUGAAAAGUGACAGCGACGAUAGUAAAGAAAAUGGUGCCAUUGCUACCAGAUUGUAAUUGUGAAACGGUGGAGCAAUUUAGCCAUUCAGAUUUAGAAAAUAGAAAAUUAGUCUUUAUGCGCAUUUGUUGUUCUUCUUUGAAACUUCUUAGGAUUUUGAUUCGUUUUUCCUGUUUGAUCUCUUCAACUUGUAAAGAAAGCUUACAGCAAUGGAUUUUAUCAAAACAAAUUGUUA